UAGUCAAUUAGCGUGAAGGGAAGGAUAUCAGCGAUUGAUAAACAUCUUCAGCGAGGUAUAUAAGCAGGUCGGGGCUUAUUGUUGCAGUAGAAGUGAAGCUUCAUCAAACAGUCAUCAUGUUCACAUACGUCGCAAUCGCCUGCUUCUUAGGAGUAGCUGCAGCUGCUCCAUCCCUACCUCUCGUCGAUUCCAUUUCCAUCCCUCGCUACGGGUUUAACUACGCCGUCAACGACCCGCUGACCGGCGACAACAAGGCGCAGACGGAACACCGCGACGGCGGCGUCGUCAAAGGCUCCUACUCAUUGGCCGAGCCCGACGGCACCAUCCGCGUAGUGGACUACGCUGCCGACCCCAUCUCCGGGUUCAACGCCGUCGUCAAACGAAUCGGCCCCGCUGUACACCCUCAACAAAUACAACUCCCUGUAGCCAAACUUGCUGCCCCUAUUGCCCCAAUCGCCCCGAUUGCUAGCGCGUGGGGACUGGCGGGCCUCGGCGCCGGUAAUUUAGGCCUUGGCCUUGGAGGAUGGGGCCUCGCGGGCAAAGGCUGGGAACUUGACGGACAGGACUCGUUGGGACAUUAAUAUAUGGUGAUUGCGAUUCCCUUGGACGUUAGAUAUAUGAUUUUCGCUACUAAGUUCGUGAGUGAAAAUGGUAUUAGUUUAACGCUAAAAUUCAUGACUGAAAUGUGUGUUGAAUAAAAUGUUAUUGAGUUAUA